CCUGUGCAUCAGCGAGUGUGCGUGGACAGCGUGGGCUUCUCUCUCCUCCAGAGCGCACACACGCAGCAUCAUCACUCGGCUCACAGCGACAGCAUCCUCAUCCUCACCAUCUCCGGGCUGAAGAGAGGGGCGCUCACCACGAUUUACGGAGUAAGUCAAGUCAACUGGGUGUCAACUGUUUUAUCCUAAACACAAGAAGUCCCAUCGCCUUCAGAGGCCUCUCAGCAAUACCGUUGUCCUCUGUUGAUUCUUCUGAAAAGCGUUGCAAACAUGGAGGACGGCUACCAAAACCGGACUGCUUUUAUCAAAGGUGCCAAAGACAUCGCGAAAGAAGUCAAGCGGCAAGCCUCCAAGAAAGUCGGCCGCUCGGUGGAUCGGGUGACCGACGAGUACAGCAAGCGCUCCUACAGCCGCUUCGAAGAAGACGACGACGACUACGCCACGCAGGGGAGCCAGGACGGAGGCUACUACCGCGGUGACAGCCAGGCGGCCAACGAUGACGAGGGCGGCCACAGCGACUCCACCGAGGGCCACGACGAGGACGACGAGAUCUACGAGGGCGAGUACCAGGGAAUCCCCAGGGCCGAUUCCGGGAAGGGAGACUUGGCCGGAGGUCCCGGAUCAAUAACAGCCGGGGCCCAGCAGUUCAGAGAUAUUGGGGCGUCCGAGGCCGAGAGGCGGAAGGACCAGGAGGAGCUGGCUCAGCAGUAUGAGACCAUUUUACAGGAGUGCGGCCACGGGAAGUUCCAGUGGUCCCUAUACUUCGUGCUGGGGCUGGCGCUUAUGGCGGAUGGCGUGGAAAUCUUUGUGGUGGGGUUUGUCCUCCCCAGCGCAGAGAAGGAUAUGUGCCUGUCUGAACCCAGCAAAAGCAUGCUUGGUCUCAUUGUGUACUUUGGGAUGAUGGUUGGGGCUUUCCUCUGGGGGGCUAUGGCAGACCGGAUAGGCCGUCGGCAGUCCCUCAUCAUCUCUCUGUCCAUCAACAGUGUAUUCUCCUUCUUCUCAUCCUUCGUUCAGGGCUACAGCACUUUUCUGUUUUGCCGCCUCCUCUCAGGUGUUGGAAUCGGUGGCUCAAUUCCCAUCGUAUUCUCCUACUACUCUGAAUUUCUGUCUCAAGAGAAGCGCGGCGAGCACCUCAGCUGGCUCUGCAUGUUCUGGAUGAUCGGAGGGAUCUAUGCGUCGGCCAUGGCCUGGGCCAUCAUUCCCCACUAUGGGUGGAGUUUCCAGAUGGGCUCGGCGUAUCAGUUCCACAGCUGGCGGGUGUUUGUGCUGGUCUGUGCGUUUCCUUCGGUCGCGGCCAUCGCUGCCCUCAACGCCAUGCCGGAGAGCCCACGCUUCUACUUAGAGAAUGGCAAGCAUGAUGAAGGAUGGAUGAUUCUGAAGCAGGUUCACGACACAAACAUGAGAGCCAAAGGAUACCCAGAGAGGGUGUUCACCGUCACCACAAUAAAGACUGUGAAGCAGAUUGACGAGCUGGUGGACAUUGGCAUCGACACCCCCGUCUGGCAGCGCUACAGACUGAAGAUUAUGAGUCUUUCCAAACAGAUACGGAGCAACAUUCUUGCCUGCUUCAACCCUGAAUACAAAAAGAGGACCUUCAUGCUCAUGGCUGUUUGGUUCAGCAUGUCUUUCAGCUACUACGGGCUGACGGUGUGGUUCCCUGACAUGAUCAAGUACAUCCAGAAGCAGGAAUACGAAUCAAAGACAAAGACCUUCACUAAUGAGCGAGUGGAGCACGUGACUUUCAACUUCACCCUGGAAAACCAGGUCCAUCGUGAGGGACACUAUUUCAAUGACAAGUUCCUGAACCUGAAGAUGAAGUCCAUGGUGUUUGAAAACUCAGUGUUUGAGGAGUGCUACUUCGAGGACAUCACCUCCACACACACAAUCUUCAGGAACUGCACCUUCGUUGCCAGUUUGUUUUACAACACAGAUUUGUUCAAGUACAGGUUUGUCAACUGUAAACUGGUCAACAGCACGUUCAUUCACAACAAAGAGGGCUGCAUGCUGGACUUCAGCGACGAUUUUAACAACGCCUACAUGAUUUACUUCGUCAACUUCCUGGGUACACUAGCAGUGCUCCCCGGGAACAUCGUGUCCGCUCUUUUAAUGGACAAAAUCGGCCGUUUGAGGAUGCUGGCGGGAUCUAGCAUCAUAUCCUGCGUCAGCUGCUUCUUCUUGAUGUUCGGCAACAGCGAGUCGGGGAUGAUCGCUCUCCUAUGUCUGUUCGGUGGUAUCAGCAUUGCCUCAUGGAACGCCCUGGAUGUGAUCACGGUGGAGCUGUACCCGUCAGACAAAAGGACCACGGCGUUCGGCUUCCUGAACGCCCUCUGCAAGCUGGCCGCCGUUCUGGGUAUCAGCAUUUUCCAGUCGUUCGUGGGCAUCACCAAGGCCGUGCCCAUCAUAUUCGCUGCAGGCGCGCUCGCUGCCGGCAGUUUCCUCGCGACAAAGCUGCCCGAGACGAGAGGCCAGGUAUUGCAGUAAGACCAGACGACCAGCAAUGGGCAGCAAAGUUCAGCCGGAGUGAGUGAGUGAAUGACAGGCCUGAACAUCCCCGAGAGCUUCAGCGCUGCCCGUCCGUUUCACAGCAACAGUAGAGACUGCCCCCCCCCCCCCUUCCCCACUAUUGUAAGCCCAGAAUCCUUUGAAAUGUGGAUUGCAUCAUUCAGUGUCAGCUAUUAAAGAAGAGCAAACGUUUUUUUUUUUUUUUAGAAAACCUGCACCAUCGCAACACCUGGGCAUAGUUUCAGCUUCUCUGUCGGGUGUCAUGAAAGUCUCAUCCUGCAGAGGAAGUCGUGUGGUACAAAUGCAAAUAUGCAUUUAUAUUUAAAAAACGUAUUCACAAGCGGAACGGCAGAAAGGUCUGAAAAGAAGCCCUUUCUGGGGGAAAGAUUUGGCUUGUGCAAGAUAAAACUGCAGUGUCCUUCUUUACUCGUGUGUCUUAAUCUCCAUGACGGGUUUACAGAGCUGUGGAUUAUUUUAUCGUAUAUAACUUAGCUGUUCAGUUUGCCACUGCCAGACCCACCGAGACCACGCGUCGCCUACCAAAAAACCCACUAAAACAUCCCAGUGAAGCUGCGGGUGAAGGUGCAUUUCACAGGAUUCUUUGUUGUACACGGGAAUAGCUGGAUUCAGUUUCUUCAGUGUUAAGCCAGUGUUUACCCCCCCCGCUGCUGUGUGACAGGUUGUGGAUGUUAAUGGGAGACAGGGGGACGUUCUUUGGGAUGGAUUUUGGGUCAACCGUUAAAGUGUGUUAGGAAACUUUGGCUUGCUUUUUGUCCGUGUUCGUCGUCCGUGCGUAUAAAGGGAGCCAGUUGUACAUGAGCUUUUGUUGGAUGGAAAAAACUGUGAGGCUGAAGUGUCUGCUUUAACAAAAGUUAAUGUACAACGAUCUUAUUGUUUGCAUGUGUUUGUCAGUUUUCGAAUGUGGAUCCCCCCCCCCCCACACACACACACA